UAUACGCACAGCUCUCUCAAUCUCUCUUUUGUUAAUUUUUUUUUUGUAUUAUGGACAACACCAAUGCAAAGCCUGAUUCUCAGCUUCCCCGAUUCGGAAACCUGGUCACGGUCCUCAGCAUUGAUGGCGGUGGGAUUAGAGGAAUCAUCCCCGGUGUUCUCCUCGCUUUUUUAGAAGCUGAGCUUCAGGUUUCAGUUCCUCUUCAAUUUUUGUGUGUUUUUUUUUUUUGGGGUGAUUUUGUUUUGUAUACAAAUGUCAAAGAAAAGCCCUACUUGGUUUAUCUUGUUCUUGACCUUGUUACAUUUUCAAUAUAAUCUUCCACAUUUCAUUUCUGACACGGUGACACUCGAAAUCAAAAUUAUUUAUUUAUUUUUUUAUUUUUUAUUUUUAUUUGUGAAACAUGCGUGAGUUCAUCUUUCCGGCAGAAAUUGGACGGACCGGACGCAAGAAUCGUAGACUACUUCGAUGUGAUUGCCGGAACGAGCACCGGUGGGUUGGUGACCGCUAUGUUGACUGCCCCGAAUGGACAAGGUCGUCCUCUAUAUGAAGCCAAAGAGAUCAAGGACUUUUACCUUCAACACGCUCCCAAAAUCUUUCCUCAGAGCUUUCCGCUUCUUCAACCAUUUCUUCAAACUGGACAAGACGUGAGGACAGCAAUCAUAGGGCCAAAAUACGACGGCAAAUAUCUCCACAAACUCAUCCAAGACAUACUCGGAGACACAAGGUUGCACCAAACGUUGACCAACGUCGUCAUCCCGGCUUACGACAUCCGACAGCUCCAGCCGGUCAUCUUUUCCAGCUUCUCGUUGAAAAAAGACCCGAUUCUGGACUGCAAACUCUCGGAUGUGUGCAUUUCCACAUCAGCAGCUCCGACUUAUCUUCCGGCGCACUAUUUUGAGAAUCAACAUGGUGAUGGAAGUGUGAGGCAAUUCAAUAUGAUUGAUGGUGGUGUUGCUGCCAAUAAUCCGACUUUGAUAGCAAUGCACCAUCUGACAAGGCAACUGACCCUGGGAAAUAAGGAGUUCAACACCAACACAAGCCCCUUGGACUACACUAAAUUCCUGGUAUUAUCGUUGGGAACCGGGACAGCCAAGAACGAAAACAAGUUCAAAGCCAAGGAUGUAGCAAUGUGGGGUGUUGUCAGUUGGUUGACCGCCGGUUUUACGACACCGAUCAUUGAUGUUUUCCAGACCGGAAGUAGUGAUAUGGUUGACAUUCAUCUCAGUACUACUUUCGAAGCCCUUCGCUCUGAAGACAACUACCUUCGGAUUCAGUGUGACUAUUUAACUGGGGAUCUCAGUCUGCUGGAUCUUGCCACACAGAGAAAUUUGGAGAAUUUAGUCAAAGUUGGUGAGAAGUUGUUGACCGAACCAGUUUCAAGGGUGAAUUUGGACACCGGAGAUAAUGAGCCUGUAAAUCAAGGAACUAACGCGGAGGCUCUGAAAAAGUUCGCUGUAAUGCUUUCUCAAGAGAAACGCAACCGUAACGCCAGGGCAGCAGCGGCUGGGAAUUGAAUUAAUUGAUCACCAAUUGGUGCUAUUGUCCAAAUGCGCUUGAUCGACCUUGCAAACAUCAUCAUCAUCAAUAAAAUAAUGUUACCACAUGUACUGUUGUUCAAAUAAUUCAAUACUCCUAUUUCAUUGGUCCCAAAAAAAUUAGUGCAUGUGUUUUGUUGAAGUGAAAUAUGUAAUAAAUCCAAGAGUUUUUUUUGGGGACAGAGAAGUAUUAUUUUCAAAGUUGUUAUUAUAGUAUUUACUAAUGUUAUAAGAAGGGAGGACUGUAUACUUACUUUGUACUAAGGGAGCAAUAAUUGUGCAAGGUG